CGUGGCAUUGGAAGAUGUUACUACAACAGAAGGAUGUGGGGUGAGCUGUGGAGGCCAGCUUGGUGACGGCAAGGACAACGGCUUGGGAUUUUUCAGGUCAUCCUCUGUAAUCUUUAAGAGAAAAUAGUGUGUCGUGCCUUGCGUGGCAGAGUCGGCCGUGGAAGUGAAGCUGGAGUGGCGCUGGAGUGGAGUGGCGGGUCCUGGCAAGCUUUAUGCGUGCCUGGGUGGACUUUUAAGCACCUCCGCCCAGACAUCAUCGGGUUAUCGUCACGUCAAAGGUCUGGACGUUGAGGCGGCACCAGACACAUCACUCAGCCGUCCUCGCCUCCAGCAGUCGUGGAUGAAUGAGUCCCUGGGGUGACAUACGCUGGAGCUAACUGUGGUGCCGAUCUGGUGGAGGAGCGCCAUCUCACUUGCUUCGAGAAGAAUGUUUUGUUCAGCUUCAGAUUGAUCCCUUGACCCGCACUGGCUGCCUCAGCAGUCUGCAACACUCCAAGAUGGUGUGCAAUUCCUGGAAAGAGAGAGAGAGGUCAGUCGAUACGGAAUUGUCGCGGUGACGCCUCGGGACAGUGAAGUGGUGACGUGGUGGACGAAAAUGAUCAGCCUGUGUCUGCCGGCCUUGCAUCUCUUCUCUAACCCAGCCUUCCAUGGGACUCCAGAACAAGGAAACUCUUAACCUUGACCCUGCUGUGACCUUGGCUCUGGCAAGCUGAGGACAUUACGAGGAAGCCGGGCGUCGCCAGCAACAGUGGGAGAGAGUGCCACGCACACUCCCUAUCCUCGCCCCCGCCCUCCCCGCCCGCCCCCGCCACGCCAUGACCUGCUCCGCCACCGUAGAGCGUCACCUAGCCUGGGUCGGCCUCACCCUGCUGCUGCUGACCCCUCAAGGUUUAUCCGAGAGCUACUUCGACUUGUAUGAUUACUACUCUGACUACAGCCAAGGGGAGGUGGACGAGUCGGUGCCCGCCUUCACCGCCCGCCCGCAGACUUUCACGGUGGAGGUGGGGCAGUCCGUCAUGAUUCCUUGCGAUGUGGAUGACCUGGGCCACCACAAACUCAUCAUUAAGAAGAAACCAGCGCUGGGAGGCAAAGAGCGGCUGCUGUCGGUGGGGAGUGAGAAGGUGACGAGGGACAGACGACUCAUUAUAGAAGGCACGCGACUCACCAUAUCUCACGCCAGGCCUCGGGAUGCUGGUAGUUACAUGUGUCUCUUCGACGUGGAGCCGUCAGUGAUGCUCAAACACACCCUGGACGUGCAAUUCCCGCCCUCCGUCAGGUCCCUCGCCCCGCCAGAGCAGCAUGUCCCUCGAGGCAAGGAUGUCACGCUGGAGUGUCGCGCCCAUGGCAACCCGGAGCCUGUAAUCCGCUGGUCCCGGCAGGAGGGUCUGUUGCCUUCUGGCCUCACUACCCACGAGGGCAAGACUUUGUACCUGAAGGGAGUGGACAGGCACGUGGAGGGAACGUACUUGUGCACGGCGGAUAACGGAGUGGGAGAGUCCGCCUCGGCAGCCAUGACCAUCACCGUGGAGUACCCACCGGAGGUCAGCGUCGAAAGGGCCGUGGUGCGCAGCGGGGACGGUGACCACGUGGAAUUGGCUUGUGUGGUGCACGGGCGCCCUUCCCCUGACGUGAUCUGGACGCUUGAUGGACACCCCCUGCCAAGCGCCCUCAUGAACACACAGCGACACAUGCCUCAGACUGUGAAAGAGGGACACAUCAGCCUCACGCACGUCGCCCACCGCCACACGCUUACCAUAACCAGUGUCUCGGAAAAGGACUUUGGAACAUACGUGUGCAUAGCGGAGAACCCACACGGCCAAAAAGAUGCCGUGAUACAGGUGACAGGCCUCCCCAAGCCCCCUGUGCUCACCAGCAGCCCCAUAGGAGGCGAGAGCACCUCGUACACCCUUACGUGGGAGACAGAGAGCUACUACUCCAUUACCGAGUUCCUCAUUAAGUACCGCAGGGCUCACCUCGGAGCCUGGCAGCCCAAUCACACUGUGGUGAUGGCGGGGGCUUGGGAGAGUGUGUCAAGGAAAGUGGAGCCAGGGAGCUGGUCUCGCGGGACAAGGCAGACUCUCAGCUACACCCUGCGAGGACUGGAGACGGCGACUGACUACGUGACGGUAGUAAGAGUUCGCAACCGAUACGGCUGGUCAUCGGAGAGCGACCAUUUCCACUUCUCCACCAAGAAAGCUAUGGCUGUGUUGCAGUCCACGAGCGGUGACCGCGGCGGGGCAGGAGCGGCAGCGCCCGGGAUGCUGCUGUUAGUCUGUCUGUCUGCUUUCCUCCUUCUAAGAGAAAACUAGUGUUUUGUGUUUUACUUUUUUUGUAUUUUCUUGGUAUUUGGUGGAUAGCCAAAAUGACCUUAAGAAUAUAUUUUUUUCUUCACAAAUUUAAUGAAGAUUAGUGUUAACAGGAAUAAGAUUCUUAAUACAGCUAAGUUGUGUCAAAUUUCGCUACUGUGAGAAAUGUAAGGUAUGUUAGCUGUGUGUGAGGCGUGAGAGUGCUGCUGUGAGAAGUGUGAGGUAUGCUAGCCAUAUGUGAAGCGUGAGGCGUGAGAGUGGUGCUGUGAGAAGUGUGAGGUAUGUUAGCCAUGUGUGAAGCGUGAGGCGUGAGGCGUGAGAGUGGUGCUGUGAGAAGUGUGAGGUAUGCUAGCCGUGUGUGAAGCGUGAGGCGUGGUGGUGUGGGUGAAGACGAGGGUGUGGUCUGCAAGACAACGCCGUGAGAGGGCUUGUGUUGCACUGGCCGCGUGGUGUUGCGGUGGAUGGACGCUGGACGGAUGAAUGGAUGGGCGGCAGGUUCACCCCAUGCACCUCUCCGGCGCGAUGGUCCUUGUAUCUUUUGUAUAAAGCUGUAAAUCAUUUUAAUUCUUAGUUCUCUACUUGGAAUACAAAUAAGUGUGUUUUGUGAGGAUCAAGUAAGUUAAUCUGUAAGAAAGUGAACGUCACAAAUUGAAUGAAUGUUUUAUCAACUAUAUUUUUAACCAUUUAUUAUACCGUUGGACUCGUUCGGGAAAUAAAAUUGUACAUAAUAAAGCAUUCGUAAUCCAUUACUGGUGAGUAAAUGACUUUCCAGUGCUGGUCAUACUGUCAGUUAUUUGCACCUUGAUGGCCGAAUAUUUUUGUUCCCUCGUCACCAUUAUUCUAUUUUUAUUACGUUGUAGUUUGAUCAGUCCAUAACCUACGUGUAGCAAUUUGCUAUUUUAUGAUGGUGUUUCAAGUCGGUAAUCCCUCAUCACCUAAAAUGACACAGUGUUGUGCUGGGGCUCGUGGCGCUUCCAGGCUGUGUCGUUUUGUAAUGCUGACAUGUAUGUAUGUGGAGCUACAAAAGAGAAUAGCCCGCUACGUUAUUAUAUUUCCAUAAAACUACGUGCAGGGUGCCCCAUCAGAUUCGCUCACAGGUGUUUCUGCUUCAUUAAGAGUUGUUAAUGUUUUGUGCAUGAAAUUUAACAUAACAGGGUUUGUGCAUGGUAUAUUUGGCAAAGGGUCGAUAACAGAGAUAACAACAGAUUGUGCUGCCGCCGAUGUAGUGACGUACUAGUCCAUCAAGUUUCAGUGUUACAACAUUCCUGUGAAGUGAGGUAGUUCACACCUGUCAUUUUUAUGCUACUUCCUUAACACAUCACGUGGAGAUUACUUUUAUAUAUACAAUAUACAGUUUACUGAAUGUGCUGUAAAUAAAUGUCUUUUUGAA